AUGGGGUUGGUUGCCGGCCUGGCAACGGUCAGUGCCGACAGCCCAGGAAGCCUCGUGCCGAUCCCGAGGUGUUGGAACGCCAGCCUCGCAUCCGGAAAGGAGCUGGAGGCUUCCUGCUGCCAACGCGGCCAUGCUUCAUCGGACUGCGCCGCGCCCGCCUUUGUGCCUUUGCGCGCGGCCUGCUGCGGCGAGUUGCGGCAGGGCGUGCAACGCUUCACCGCAGAGUGGGAAGAGCUCGAGCAAGGAAUCGAGCUUGCUUCGGAGGAGUUGAUUGGCAUUGUGGAAGCCACCAGUGCUUCCAGGUGCGAAGCGGAGGAAAGCUGCCGAGCAGAUUUCUUCCUCUACGCAGCGGAGGUUGCAAUGUCUUCUUCGCUGGCGAUGGUUUUCCAACUUGGCUGGUCAGAUCUCACCGACGAGGGCGAGUUUGCGCUGCAGGAUUGGCGCAUCACCCUGUUACAGACAGCCUUGACGCUGCUGUCGCCAUGGCACCCCUUGGCUCAGAAGGCGCGUGGGCUCUUCUCUGAGGCCGCGCAGGGAUGGUGGGAGGUGGUGCGGCAGCGCUCCGACACACGAUGGACGGCUUCGACGCCCUCACCGUUGGUCCCAUCACAGAUCCUGCACAUUGCCAUGGUGGCAUCUGUGGGGUUCCCUCCAUUCGGACGCAAGGCUCUCGCGGGCAUCCGCUCGGCGCUCUUCUUUGCCACCUGUCCAUUGCGCUUCCACCUGAUGGUGGAUGAGGCAGGGGAGGCAGAUCUGCAGACGGCCCUGGCAUCCCUCGAGCCGUGGCUUCGUUCCCGAGGCUCCUUCCGACUGUAUCGAGUGGCAGAGCUCGGAGAUGCAUGGCGGGAGAUCCGGGCCCUCGUCCCCGAGAGCUGUUUGCAGUACAGCGGCCAUUAUGGCAGCGCAGGAUGGCUGCGGGUGUUCCCACAUCUGGUGAUCCCUGAAGCGGAGGGCGUGGACCAGUUGGUUUGGGUGGAUGCAGGCGACUUCAUCUUCCUGGAGGAUCCGGCGCAGCUGGCGCAGGAGUGCGGUGAAUUUGGCGAGGACCACUUGAUCGGAGUAGCAGAUCCGCAAGUUUUGGGCCUCCCGUUGCAGCUGUUUCUUCUUGGGCGCCUGCGUGAGAGGGCACAUCUCUGGGCGGAGCUUGUAACGAGUGCCGUGCUGCGGGGUUAUGCAGAGAGAGGCGAUGGCUUCUGCGACCUCGGCGAGGGACUUGCGUUUGUCUACCUCUUGAAUGGUACGGAGCACAGUUGGGUGUACCACCGCCUUCCGCAUCGCUGGACAUACAUGCCGUGGGCUGUGUGGUUGCCAGCACGCGGAACUGGCAGCAUGUGGGCUUCCAAAGAGCUUCUCUGGCGCUUACCUGCAGACUCCGUGUGGCGCGAUUCCGUGUUUCCUGGGCUGCUGGACUUCAUGGCCGUCCGGGUCAAGUGCCCGAGCUUCCUCGAAGAUAUCGCCAGCUACAUAAGAGCAGCCAUGGAAUGGGACUUGCAGGUGAUGAGCGCGGACGAUGGACGGAGGCACUUCCGGCUGACGCAAGAUGCUCAUAUCCUUGAUGAGUUUCAACAACGAUUGGAUUGUGAACAGCGCGCCUCUGCCAUCCAUUUCGCCGUACUCUUCCACGAGGUGCCCUGGGUCCACCGUUUCCUCAACUUCUGGGCCGGGGCCGAGGUGUGGGGGGCCAGCUCCGCAACUCGCGAACUGCGGAUAUCGUUUGAUGAAACAAGAUGGCUGGAUUUGUUCUGA